AUGAAUGUGGUGGAUCUCAACAGGAAAUUGCAGGGAAUGCAUCCCUUCUGGCUCACGCCAUUUUUUGAGCUUGAUCUCCCAAGAGCUUAUUCUGUUCUUGACUCUUGUACAAUUCUUUCGAAGCAUCAAAUGUGCACUGUUCGUGAGGUCGAUUUUCAAGCUUUGACUAAGUAUGACACGUCAGUGUUUGGAUACCCAAGACAAACCUUCUUGCAUCAAUGGCUGCACACUCCAGGCAGUCAUGCACGAGUUGCUGUAAGUCACGAGGGGAAUAUAUCUGGCUAUGCAGCAAGUAGAGUCACUUUUAACAGACAAGGAUAUCGACUGGGACCUCUUUACGCAAACUCGAUGGAAAUUGCCGAGGGUUUAAUGAAAGCAAUAUUUCAAGAAAUGCUAGACGAGGGAUGGUCGUCUUCCUCAUCGGUCUAUAUCGUCUGCCCAAUAGGUAUCAAUCAUGAUGCAAAAAUACUAAUGGAGAGACUCAAGGCCAAGGUUUGCUUCGAUUCAGUCCAUCAGUCAAGAAAGAUUCCCAAUGGCCGCUUUAGCAAUUGGUUUGCCAUAGCUUCGGCAUCAAUUGGAUAAAAAUGACUAUGGCAAAGAAGGAUGUGUAGCCUCACUGAUUAGGAUAUAUUCGAUAGGGUAUUUUUUCGACAAAGGUAUGGAUUUUAUGAAGAUUUUAAAACAACUGUUUCACCGCAACCUUCAGCUUAUCCAACAGGGGGUUAGUUAUGGGUUCUUAACCGAUUCAUAGUUUAUUAAAAAUAGUAAAGAAAUGUAAUUUAUUACAUAUUUAUCUGGCAGGUAUACAGAAUAUAACAUAUUAGAUAAAAUAAACAAAUAUUAAAAUCAUCAAUGGCGGUUUA